AAAGUGUUUGGUAAAGGGAAUAAGAGACUUGAAGAAAUGAAAAUGUUUGAAUAAUUUUUUAUUUUUUGAUUUAUAACUUUGGGCCUUUUGUUUAUUUCAUGAAAAACAAAACCUGCUACGCGAAAGAGAGUGUCUCAUCUGACGUAGCGAAUACCGAGCAGGAUUGUAACGGGUUAAAUGACCCGACCCGAUUUGUUCUAUUAAUUUCUAUUUCAUUUCUUUUUUUUUUAAUCAUUCUUCUCAAAUAAUUUACUUUCUGGUCCUUCGAUAAUGGCGGCCUCCUGCUUCGCAAUUCCCUUAUCUUCUUCUUCUCGAUCGUCUCACAAUGCAAUUCCCAAAUACAAAACCCUAAUCUCUUCUUCUUCUUACUCUUACUUAGAAUCUCUGAAACUUCAAUUCUCUUCUUCCAAUUCUUUUCAUCACUCUUCUCUUUCUCGUCCCUUUGUAGCUCAACCACUUCAAAUCAAGGUCUCUUCUUCAGAAUUAUCAGUUCUCGAUGAAGAAAAAGAAGAAGAAGUAGUUAAAGGAGAAGCAGAACCCAAUAAAGAUAGUGUCGUCUCCAAAGCAGAACCAGUAAAGAAACCGAGACCUUGCGAGCUCUACGUGUGUAAUAUCCCUAGAAGCUACGACAUUGCUCAGCUUCUUGACAUGUUUCAGCCUUUUGGAACUGUAAUCUCUGUAGAGGUAUCGCGAAAUCCUCAGACGGGAGAGAGCCGUGGAAGCGGGUACGUGACAAUGGGUUCUAUAAACUCUGCCAAAAUCGCCAUUGCUUCUCUUGAUGGAACAGAAGUAGGUGGUCGGGAAAUGCGGGUUAGGUACUCUGUUGACAUGAAUCCAGGAACAAGAAGAAACCCUGAAGUCUUGAACUCAACUCCAAAGAAGAUUCUGAUGUACGAAAGCCAACACAAGGUCUAUGUCGGAAAUCUCCCUUGGUUCACACAGCCUGAUGGUUUGAGAAACCACUUUAGCAAGUUUGGCACAAUCGUAAGCACGAGAGUGUUACAUGAUCGUAAGACCGGGAGAAACAGAGUCUUUGCCUUUCUUUCUUUUACAAGCGGUGAAGAACGUGAUGCGGCUUUAUCAUUCAAUGGAACAGUUAAGUUCGUUAUCCAUAAAAAGAAUCUUGCUUGAGGAAACUUCUUCUACUGCUCUCUGGCUUUAUCACAAUCUCUCUUUUGCAGCAAUAUGAAGGUCGCAGAAUCAUCGUCAGAGAAGGUAUCGAGAAGAGUGAGUCGUAAACCAACUGUUCUGCUUUUGCUGCAAAGACAUCUCUUGGACACAAACAAUGUGUAAUGAAUGUCUUCUGAUUUCUUCGACAAGUAACCUUUACAUAUUAUAUCCUUCUCGAUUUUGUUUAUCACCCAUUAUAUCUACCUGUAUAAUUCUCUUUUCGAUCUUCUUCUUCGAUUCAUCUACUCUACAAAUGAAAGAUAAUCGUCAAACCUCCCCAACUGUCGUCUCACUCUAACAUUUUGCCAAACACUUGGUGUGCAUGCAAUACUCAGGUUCCAAAUAAAGAAAACAGAACCAUUAGCAUCUUCAUUUUGUAAGGCUUAACUCCGAGGAUCCGAUUCGGAGACCCGAAUAAGGAUUUAGGAUCCACACACGACUUUCGUCACUCUCCGAUUCCAUUCCCCGUUGGAGAAGAUCAACCAACUAGGGUUUUAAAUCUCGGGAGGAGACUGAAAAAGGCCAUAAAUGAUAAAUGGGCUUUAUAUUUGUUUAGGCCCAGUGAAAUGAUUUCAAGUGGGCCCAUCUGAUAACUACCUCC